UCAGGGAUAAACAGUGUGAAAAAGCUGCAAAACAGAUGUUCCGCUGUAGAGAGGGUGUUGUGUCACUGCGGAACUGCUUGUACCCUAACUGCAUGUUUCAUCCAGGACAAAAACCUAAUUAUUUAGUGGCGUUAUUUUCCUAUUUCUCCAUAUUUACUGGUGCAGGAUGUCAUCGUAGAUUGGCAUGGACCGGCUGUCGAAGAAUGGGGAAUUUUACCUCCUCAACUGCUGGGGGUCUCUCCAGCACAGCGUGCGUACAGUUUGUUCAGGAGAUGAUUUCACAGAACUGCGUUGUGAUAUUUUCCAAGACAACCUGCCCAUAUUGUAAAAUGGCCAAAAAUGUGUUCAAUGAAAUUGGCGCGACCUACAAGGUGAUUGAACUGGACGAACACAAUGAUGGAAGGAGACUACAAGAGGCCUUAGCUCAGAUGACUGGUGCCAGAACGGUGCCCAGAGUCUUCAUCAAUGGGAACUGCAUCGGGGGCGGCUCCGAUACCAAACAGCUCCAUCAACAGGGGAAGUUGCUGCCCCUCAUUCAGCAGUGCACCCCCUGCUGUGCUGAAUUUGGCACGGCAGGCUCAGGCAGCGGACACUUUGAAUCCGCUAAAUGACUAACCGUUCCUGUCAUUUUUUUCAAUCCUGUAUUUAUUAGACAUUUGCUUGAUCUCAUGCUGCAUGUUGUACGUUGCUUGAGUGCGACUAUGUUCUCUCUUCAUCAAAAUGCCGAGGGGACUUGAUGUUUAUUUUGCAAAUAUUUUUACAGGGAUGUCUAUUAUUAUUAUUAUUAUUAUUAUUAUUAUUUUAAAUCAUUCAUAUUUUAACAAAACCUGUGAACAGUGGAAAAACUUAACUUUGUUUUCUUUUGUAUAGUUUUAUUAAACUUUAAGAAAACGCUCAAUUCAGUAUCAUGCAUAUUUGAAAUGUGCACAUCAUAAUAUGUUCACACACUGGAUUUUAUUUGAGGUCAUUUUACAUGGAAAAGCACUUAAAUUUGCAUGGUGGAAAUACUUUGUUGUGCUGCUAUUAAAGAAUGUUGUUUGCAUAUAAUUUAUGUGAAUAAAUACAAUAUUUUUUUU